GCCAUUCAGUUUCGGUGAGCAGCUCGUGCGAUACGGACAGACCGAAAUUUCGUCCAGCGUUGUGCGCGUCCUGCGAGUGUCCUGACUGCUGCUGCUACUGCUUGCUAGUCCUUCAGCCAUCAGCCAUCGUUCAGUGUGUUUGGUGUGCGUGUGUGUUCCGGUGGCAAAAGGCUUCCUCCAUCUAGCAGCUUCCAGCCGUCACCUUCCACCUUACGCGUGUUCAUUCCAGUGCCAUUUUCACCCUUUACUGUGGCCAGAUGCAUGCACGGUGGAUUUAGAGCGGAGUGAUGUUUAAUUGAAUUUCCCUAUCAGAAGGUGCACAGUCGCUCGGGGUCGGUGAGUCGCUAACUCACCAGCUCGGUACCAACAGUUGGUUCCAGUUGGCAGGACCUCGGAGAGAUUUACGCGAGUGUGCGUGUGUGUGUGUGCUGGUGUGAAUAUGUGUACGUGUUAGCCUUGUGUGAUCUGUUGUGCUAGUUUCAGCACAAAUUCAAAACGUGUGUACAAAAGCGUUUUUCAAUUUAAUUCUAUUAGUUCAAUUUAACGUGCGCCAUUCACGUCGGUCGUUCGGUGUCGGUGGCUGGCGUAACAGAGGUGCUAAAUACACGCAGGCAGCGAAAAUAACAUCAACAAAAAAAAGGUAAACCGUGCUAUCUCAGCAGGAAAGGUGAACCAUUAGUGUCAACGCCAGCUAUCCCAAAUCAUUCACUGGAGCUUUAUCGGCGCGGCGCAGGAUUGCGUCCAACCAGGGAGUAAUAGCAACAGCACCUUCCCAGAUCCUCUACAAAUAUGCAAUCGCGUCUGCUGAUACUAUCCGGAUGAAAGCAAUUCCACUUUACGACCGUCGCCAUUUGCGCUAAGGAGCAGAGCGAGCCCGCCGGAACGGACCAUCCAUAACGAGCUGAUCAUUGUAGCGCUAAUUAAAUAAUGCAACACUAAGACACUAAGGGCGUGGGAUGGGCCACCGACUAUCGUCGAUGUCACCCGGCACGGACGCAUUCAUUAUAAUGCACCAAGCGAACUAAUUUAUCAUUGCCACGGCCGAACGGCGCACCCGGACGCUAGCGUCCGCAGCAGAAACAUAUCAAACGCCUGGUAGCGCGGGUAAAGCAGCACAGGGGGUUGGGAGGAAGCACGGGUAUGAACAUUGCUACCCGGCUCGUCGUUUGCACUGGACCUUCCCGGCCAGGACCAGCUUAGAAGAGCGCGAGAACCACCCGAUGAGAGCGAACCAAUGGUCACCCACAUGAAGCCACCUGUUUGCCGCAUGUACCACGUCACCCUAAGACUGCUGAUCUUUGCAGUGCUCUUCCUCAACUCGUUCAUUGAUCUUGCCACUAUCGAUGGUCACGUCCUUCUUCCACGUCCUCUCGCAAGUACCACUAGCAGCACUAGCUCCCCGGUUCGUAACGGUUCCACUGCUGGCAGUGACAAUAUUGCUACGAUCUUUACCACCAGCACAACCACGCUACCAUCCUUCGACGACGACCGUACCAGGCCCACGGAAUCGACCGACAAUCAGCAUACCGGUGGUGACCGGCACAGUGACAUGCUUAACAGCACGGCAGCCGGCAGCAUUUUGGUGGUUGCACCUGAAAACUUUUCCACCGACCAGCUACGCCAAGGAUUCAACAACUUUGUCCAACUGCUGCAAACUAACCGGCCACCGGCGGCGGUGAGCGACAACGACAAUCUGACGCUUCCGCUCUUCGACAAGUUGAUCCAGUUUCGUUCCUGGCGCGACAUGGUUACGUUCGAACGCUGGCUGGACGAUCCCGCUUUUACGACCGUGCUUUAUAUGUCGGACGAAAGUGACAGCUUCAUCGGAUACUGUGACAGCCUUUCGACACACCUGUCAACCGUCUACCGGAAGCUGGUGCUUUUCUGGCCGUGCCCAAGGAUGAAGGCAACGGUAAAGUUCAUUCCCUCUUACGAAACAGUUUCGUUCGCCGUGAAAAGCAUCGCGCAGCAGCUUAAUUGGACCGAGGCGAUCCUGCUAGCGACAGAUGCCAACCGUGCGCUAUCGCUUGCCCUGGCCAGUAAUCUACACAUACCGUACACGAUAGCGAUGGAUCCUUCCAGCAUUCCGGCCUCGUUUAACGAUAGCAACGGAAAAGUGGUAAUCAUCUGUUCGUCGAUCAACUCACCACAAACAAUCAGCGUAAUCAAUCAACUUAAGCAGUACAGCAAAACGAAAAUCCUGCUCGUCGACAUGGUGGGAACCAUUUUCAACAGCAACAACGUGCUGUACCGCCGCCUAGCCGAGGAGGACGAACCGUUCGGUGAAUCGUUACGGCACCGGCGCAACCUGCUGGUCCUGACGAUACUUACCGAAAACUUUCGUUCCUUCCUGCACCGGUUGCACGGUGUCGAUCUCGGCGACUAUAAGCAUAUCAGCGAGAACUUGCUGAAAAUACGGUUGUCAGACGAAAUCCCCAUUCACGACGCAGACGACGACGAUGCCAUCAAUCGGACAAAGGACUCGGGUGAAGUAGCCGACCCGCUGUACCCGGUGUAUGAUGACGAUGAGUCCUCGGUGCAAUCACCACAUCCACCCGAACUACUGCUCGAACUGCUCAGCCUCGCAGCGAACGGCACGAACGCAUCCCAGGGCUGUGACUUCCAUUACUUUCUCAACCACGUCGCCAACUGGUACGAAAUUCUCUCGCAAACGUUCGAUUCAGCCCGCUGCCGAACAUUGUUUGGAAGCUAUUGUGAAACGAGCACGAGUCACGGUGGCAGUGCCAGCCAUCUCAAUCCAUCAUCAUCGGCGGACAACAUUACCGAGGGCGAAAGCUUCCCUGGUCAGCCCACGAAUCAAUCGUUUGAAGCAACCGUGGACGAAAUUGAGCGAUUCUGUGACCUCUUUCUCGCCAGCUACGAUAAACUACUGACCGAUGCCGUACCUACCACGAACGCAACCCAGCGCAACGCGUCCAUCGCUUUCCCGCCGUCCGAUCAUCUGCUAAUGUUUGGAGAGCACUUCUACUUCUUCGAUUUUCUGCUCGCCAUAUCGGAGGAUAGCCGGAAGCAGCGGCCGCAACAGCACCGCAAGUUUCAGUUCGAUUUUGUCGCGUUCGACUUCAAGAACAUUUCCCACCAUCGGGCGGCCGUUGUGUGGCGCCCGUUUCUGAUACUGCAGCAGAGCCAGCUGCAUCGGCACCAGUUCAGCAUGCAUCCGGUACCGCCCGGGUAUGCGGAUUGGGUUGUCGAAACGACACUCGAAACGAUCUGGAUCUGCGGAAUGCUGUGCUGGGCCAUCGUCGGGCUGGUCGGUCUGAUCGCUGUCGCCAUGAUCGUGGGAAGCAUCGUGUUCAGUAUUGCUGUGCGCAACUACAUCAUCAAGACGCGCCUCUCCAAGGGUCCGAACAAAAUCGUUCUCUCGCCUUCGGACUUUGUGUUUCCAGUUGACAUGCGAAGGGUUGACGAGGGUAUCGAAGCGAUGCUGUGCUGUUGGCUCCAGCAGCUGCAGGAAUUCGGUGGCCCCGAGGUGGAAAAGCCCGAUCUGCUGAAGGGAUCGAUUGGGUCGCUCAAGAACCUGGGACUGCCGGCGCCCACCAAACCGAGCUCGGGCAGCGAAACGCUAAUACGCCACCAUACCGCAGCAAUCGAUCAUAAGGCACGCUAUAAUGGUGAUUUAGUGCAGUUGAAGGAAAUCCCAUCGAGCUCCACAUCCCAUGAACUGAAAACGAAGGCAAUGGACCUGCUCGUGAUGGCGCACAGUUUACGACACGAAAACAUAAAUCCUCUAAUCGGCUGGCUAAACGAACCAACCCGUACGGCACUGGUGUUCGAGCACUGUUCGCGCGGUUCCCUGCAGGAUGUGCUCAUAAUGGACGAGAUAAAGCUGGACUGGUCGUUCCGGUUAAGCUUGCUGACGGAUUUGGUCCGUGGGAUGCGCUACCUGCACGCCUCCCCGUUACGCGUCCACGGUUCGCUGUCCUCCCGCAACUGUGUCGUCGAUGCCCGGUGGGUGCUAAAGAUUACCGACUACGGCAUGUUAAGCUUCUACGAAGCUCAGGGUAUUGCCCCGACACCACGGUGCGCAAAGGAGCUGCUCUGGACUGCCCCGGAAGCGUUGCGCGAUUCCAAAACCUACCCGAAGGCGGGCACCCAACCGGCGGACGUGUACGCGUUCGGUAUCAUCAUGCAGGAGGUGGUGGUACGUGGCGAACCGUACUGUAUGCUGUCCCUAUCGCCGGAGGAAAUCAUUGCAAAAAUUAAGAAACCACCGCCACUAAUACGACCGUCGGUGUCGAAGGGUGCAGCACCGCCCGAAGCAAUCAACAUUAUGCGCCAGUGCUGGGCCGAGAAUCCUGAAAUGAGACCUGAUUUUGCAGCUAUCUGUGAGCGUUUCAAGCAAUUAAACCACGGACGGAAGGUUAACUUUGUAGAUACGAUGUUUCAAAUGUUGGAGAAGUACUCCAACAACCUCGAGGAGCUGAUACGUGAACGCACGGAGCAGCUAGAUAUUGAGCGGAAAAAGACUGAACAAUUGCUGAAUAGAAUGUUGCCAAGUUCCGUUGCGGAAAAGCUAAAGCUGGGAUUGGCUGUCGAGCCGGAAGAAUUCGCCGAGGUAACGAUCUAUUUCAGCGAUAUCGUGGGCUUCACGACGAUUGCAGCCCACUGCACGCCGGUGCAGGUGGUCGAUUUGUUGAACGACCUGUACACUUGCUUCGAUGCCACUAUCAACGCGUACAACGUGUACAAGGUGGAAACGAUCGGGGACGCGUACAUGGUUGUCAGUGGGCUUCCCGUCCGUACGCCUGACCACGCCGAACAGAUCGCGACGAUGGCGCUGGAUCUCCUGUCACAAAGCGGCCAUUUUAAGGUUCGUCAUCUGUCGGGCGUUCCGUUGCAGCUGCGGAUCGGACUACACACUGGUCCCUGCUGUGCCGGUGUCGUUGGUCUAACGAUGCCCCGAUACUGUCUCUUCGGUGACACGGUCAACACGGCGUCCCGGAUGGAAUCAACAGGUUCGUCCUGGAGAAUUCAUAUGUCCCAGCAGACGUGCAAUUUGCUCGAGAAAGCCGGCGGAUACGUAAUCGAGCCCCGGGGGCCUAUCGAAAUCAAGGGCAAAGGCAAAAUGCACACGUACUGGUUGCUGGGCAAGAAGGGGUUCGACAAGGCGCUACCACCACCGCCACCGAUCGGGGAAUCGCACGGGCUCGACGUGGCGAUCCUGAAGCACUCGCUCUUCCAGUCGCAGCAGAACCACACCACCAAAAUCAAUAACGCCUCCAUCCAGAGCAACACCUGCUCGACGGCGAACCACUCGUCCAGCCAUUCGCCCUCGGUCGCGGGCGAAUCGAUCGAUGUGAAGGUCGAAAUAACGCCGCCCGUUCCAUCCGGCCCGGACCAGCUGCAGCAACCGGGCCACCCAGAUACUGCCGUCCUCUCGACAUCGUUCUCCAUCGAUUCGAGCUCGAGCAAUAACACGUUCACGCUGAACCUCGGUGACUUUGUGCAGCCGAAAGCGACGCCCCUGCCGAGCCCACAGGCUCGCAAACUGUCCGAAGUCAUUGCCGAUGGUUCGUUCCUGAACGCGAACCCGAACUUUGACCGGCUCAAUCCUUCGCCAACGUCCACCGCCAGCUCGACGCGGCUGUUCAAGCGAAUCGAGGAACUGAUCGACCUUAGCUCCCCGUACAACUACUACAAGUGUUUGAGCCCGAGCGAGAACAAUCUGUCCCAGUGUACGGAAUCGCGGUACGGUAGCUACCAGUUGCGCUCGGACAGUUGCUCCAGCAAACCGGGAUCUACGCGAUUUUUGCGGCGACAGUUCAGCCUCGACAAGGAUGACGUUGGACCGUCGUCCGGGGGUGGUACGAGCGGUGGAGCGACCAUGAGCCAGAAGGCGACACUCGACACCAUAUCUUCCAUAUCAGUCGAUCGUGAGCAGCUGGCACGGAUGGGUACGCUAACGUCCAUACCGUCGAUUAGCUCCACCAAUUCCGCGUCACUCCCGGGUGCCGGUGGUCAGAAGCAGCGUAGUUUGGCUAUGCACCGCCAGCAGUCGGCCAGUGUCGCUCAGGAUCUGGAGAAGAUCGAAGAGAUCCCACUGUCACCGCAAUCCUUCAUCAUAAAUCAUACGGGCAGUAGUAGUACCUCGAGCUUGCAGUCCGAAAUUAAUGAGCGCGGCCGAGCAUUCCGCAAUGGUGGAGGGGCGACCGAUCGGGCACACAACGGGAAGGAACUGCGCCUUAGCGUGGAGGCGCUCGGUCUUCGGUGAGUACACCAGGUCAGCUCGGUGUCGUUGCUGUAAGCGGGCCGGCUCCCAUGGCAAACCUAUGAGGCGAUCGGGAAACGACAUCUACCAACCGCGGCUGAACAACAAACAGCAAACUAAACAACAACACAUGUGGUGCCCGCGAGGUGCAAAAACUUCUUGACGAGCCGGCCGACCGACCGACCGACCCGGAGAGUUCGGGGUAGAAAUGUGUCCAGAUUUCGCCGAUUCCGGAUGAUAUUAUUUACAGUAUACGGUGUGGGUGUGUGAUUGAUGUUUGUGUGUGCACAUAGUGUGAGCAAGCACGUGUUCAAGCAUGCAGCCAUGUUAUCCUACUCGCCGGCUUUCAGCGCCUCAACCUUCGCGGCGCUAAAACUUUCACCAUCGAUCCACGCUCAGCGGAAAAGAGGCGAAAGGGCCACCCUACUCCCCCUCCCCUUUUUUCCUCACCUCCCCCUACCCCCGGCCGUUGCCUCCCGGUUGUAUGUGUAUGUUUAUUUUCUCGCUAGCGCACACGAAAACAAUCAACAAACGUUAGCAACAACAAACGGGUAUGCCGCGCCGCUACCGAGCCGAACCAAGCGAGCGUAUCAAUUUCGGCGCCGUAAGACACUUUUCCAGUGGAAUUCAGGAAGUGCCGGGCUGAAUGUGAAGCAAAACAGUGAGAAGUUGUCGAUUUUGCCGACAAACGGGAGGCAAACAAAAGCGAUGCAGUGAGGGUGGGUCGAACCGAUGUCCAUCAUCUUUUGAUGUGCAACAGUGUCGAAUGAUGAAAAUAAGUUUAAGCUCAGAAUUAGUUUGGUGGUUUUGGAGAUUUUUGGAUGCGUUGGAAACAAAUUCAGUUCAUCGCAAAAACAAUCCAUCAGCUGGCAUUGCUUCGAAGACACAUGAUUUUCAACAGAUUGUGUUAGUUUUAUUGAGACUAACCGAUAGUGUUAAUAGUUUGGCAAGAAAGACAUCCUUCUGCUUUUCUUUAAUUGAGCUAUGUUAUCGAUAUCUUGAAGAGUAUCGAUCAACAAAUUUGGAACAUUGAGAAGGGAUUGUUAUUCUGUCCAUUGAAAACCUUUUUCACGAUAAAACAUUGCUAUCAGAAGAUUAUUGUCAAGUUCUAUUCCAUACGUCUUUCGUCCAUAACAACUAACACUUCUAGGAACACAUCCCUCGCGGCAAAGCUACUCUAAGAAUCUCAGUUUGCUCAAUAAAUAUCCUUAUCAAAAAAUAUUUUUUUGAUCAAAAUGGGGUAUUUUUAAAUAUAUCAAAACGGCCCUUUAAGUCCUUACAAAAUCCUUGGAUUCCUUUUUUUCUACCCCACUGUAUUUCUUAAAGACUAUCUGUUACGCAGCCAAGACUUCAAGAGAAUCAUUUUGAAUCUCAUCUUCCUCCUUCGUCAAGCAAAAUGAAUUCUUAAUGCGCCAGUACAUGGAAAUUCUUGCAUUUCAAUUACAUCUUGCUACGCCGGCCGACGACGUACUACCUUAUCGCCAUUCAAACACUCCCAUCUUCUAUCAGCUGGUUUUAUCUGUGUUCCUGAAAAUCCCGGAAAAGGCCUAUACAUUUCCCAUCGCAUCCGUGUAAAUUGCACACGUUCUAAAACCAUUUACGGAAAGGGCUAGACUGGCACAGCGAGGAAUGUUUUCUGGGAAAGAAGUUAAUCCUUGGAAUCUCGCUAAUACUUACCGCACACACACACAGCUCCACCUUUCCCAGCGACCUGGCCAGCACCCGUCAAACGCAACAUCAUCAUUUAUUAAUUCAACUCUCACGCCCCGGCUGACUUUUGCAUUCCGUUGCCACUUGCCCAUUGACGGUGCGCCACGGAAAAGAAAAACAGUAAGUAAUCCGCUUGCCACCGUUCAAAGGCCUUUUUUCCAUGGUAAGGCGCUUACGCUCCGGUCCCGCGAACCGGUAACGUUUGUGAGGUUUGUCCCGCCCGAAAACGAGCCACUCACUUCUCGGUAGUGGUGGUAAUUUAAUUUAAACACUACUUACUUAUUCACAACAGUCAACAGCCAGUUUUCCCCAGGACCUGGUGGAAUGUUGCACACCGGAAUGCUAUUCUUGCGAGUGAACCGCACGAGUACGCAAACGAACACUGUCUGACACGGGACCCCGUGUCCCGUUCUGGGAGCUUUCUUUCCGCAAACCCGGCUGGAAGGUCAAGCCGUCGUUGCCCCCUUUCGCACGUACAUGGGUGUGGAAUUAAUUAGUUCAAACUAUUUUCACAGCCACUUUCGCACGAUCUGGCACGAAUCAUUGCCUUCAAUCUGGCUGAAUCGUCCUACUGCUAGGGCACUUCCUUCACCGCUGGCUUGAGCUGGCGGGCCAUAAAUUGGAUGAUUUAACGUUCGGGUUAAAAUUUUCCCACGAGAGCCGCGGAAAGCGAAAUUUAAGCUGGGUAAAGGGCAAUAAAACCAUAUCGGAUUCGAUAAUUAGCAAGAAAUGUUCUCGCCUGUGACUCGUUUAUGGCUGUACAGGUCGUGUACCUCCACCGAGGGUCAUCAAAGCCGUAUCGUGCCGCUAGUGGUCACAUUUGUUCGUGGAGCAAUAAACUGGUGUCGAUUAGAAGCGGAAUCUAUGCAACAGCUGGCGCAAGGCAAUUUCCUUUCGGAGGUGUCCGCUUGCAUGUUUUCGCUUAAAAAAGGGAUUUUAUUAUUUUUCAUAACAUCGUUCAUCUGGAGAGAAGCUCGAUUUUUCCGGUGAGUCGUAGCAAUUAAUUCCGCAAUUCCGUUGUCGUAUCAUCGUAGGUAAAACCUGACUAUGUAAAUAGACUGUAAUUACUCAAUGUAAUUGUGACUGUAUGCGUGUUCCAGCCAAACAUUAAAUGCCAAACUAAGAGAAAAAAUACAACGCGUAGUACGGUGAUAACGCCAAUCACAUUGUUAACUUCCCUGUCCAUCCCUUCCUAUAGAGCUCCUAUAGAGUUAUCUGAAGAACGUGCAGCACACCAAUAGAUAUACAGAUAUAGAGCAGAAUAAAGAAUCCUUCAUCACACAACCCUAACCCAACCCAUCCCGAUUUAAUGAAACUGUUGAAAUGUUAUAGGCGCGUUAAGCUAGUCAAUAAUGAAAUCGUGCAGCAAAAUGUCUAACAAACAAGCCGUUAGCAAAGCUAAAGCAUACUAACACAGUGAUAGUUUAACAAAACGCAAACCAAGCUUUUGUUCGUUGUAGAUGCCACACAGCCGCUUCCUGGUUACAAGGAGUUACGUUCCAGCGUUGUUGGGUGUUAGUAUAAGGGCUAAGUCGCACUGCUGUCCCCCUUCGGUGCCAAUCGUUAUGUUAGUAGUGGAACCAGUUAAAAGAGCAAAGACACAAAAUCAAAAAAUCUCAAGCCCACUGAAAUUUAAACUACGCUGAUGGAUGGUAUAAUGCAAAAUGUUUAGAUGCAAGCAAAACAUUAGUGAGUCUUUCCUAGAAAUCUGUCAGCUGGUGAGCAUCAAGACUCAGGCGUCGUCUGACUAUUGUUUUAUAGAGUGCACGACAGUCAGUCAGUGUAAUAUUUACUCCCAGAGUUAGGUAAUUGCCAGUGCCAACGUGCGAGAUGUCUUGGUGUUGGUCUCAAGUGGUUAAGGCAAGACGUUAAGUUUGUUUCGAGAUGCCAUUGUUUUGUGUUUGUACGCGUGGAGUAAAUACCGAGCUUGUCGUUCGUCCCGGCGACUGCGGCAAUGCAAAAAGGCUAAGCGAGUGCCGUGGACGUGGCAACCUAAAAGCAACAAACAAUUUACUACAAUGUACACAGCGGACCGCAACCAACAUUAGCCGGAUGCCAUUUCUCCCGAAGCCGAAGUGUGUUGUACAGUCACGUCUCGAAGUGAAUACGAUUUAUAUCAUCUUGUGCUGUGUAGAAAACUGAACUGAGUAUGAGCAACUAGAGGUACGUUAUUAGUACACGUGUGUCCGAGCACAUACAUCAUAAACCCAAUAUAUAUAUACUUAUACGGUUAAGUAAGGGUGGAAUGUUGUAGUACCCGCCCCCUCCUUCGGCCGACGUGGAUUGCGGCGUCGGUAAACUAUUCAAUCAUGUUUAUAUGGAUGUUAGAGAUUUAUUUUAUAUUUUUCCACUCUUCCAGAGAACACUAUUGGAUGAAAAAUAAAAAAAUAAACAAUGCCAAAAAGUAAAACUAUGAUAUGGUAGCGAAGCUGACUGUUUCUGCGCUCGUGUUUAA